AUACCCCCGCUGCGUCACUGAAUUUCCAUCGAUGCUCCUUUUAUCGUGUUAUCAGACUAAAUGCGAGCCAACAGCUUCCGACGAGAUUAUCCUUCUCAAGCAAGAAACACUCGUAACUGCUGACGAAGACGAAACAAUGCGAUGGUGAUUUUCGCACGGUCGCGAUCAACAGGUUAAUUCUUCGCCAGCAAAAUCGAGGCGUUUGCUUUAAAGAAGAUCUCUUUCAAAGAAGAUCAACGAAACCCCUUGCACGGUUACGAGAAAUCAUCACCGAAAAGCGUCGACGCUGAACACGCGAGAGAGGCAAGAAAACCAAGCUGAGAUGAGAAUCCAAUCUGCAGCGAAAGAUUCACCCGUGUCUCAGAGAGAACUGAAGGUGAUCGAGGAGAACGAAAAAUCCUACGUUUCAUCGUCGCUGCGGGAGUACAAUGAACCGAGGAGAAGUUGGUCCCUUCCCUCGGUAGAUUGAAAUAGGGACGAUCUAGGACACGAUCAAAGGAAGAGGAAACGGUCAAGUCAGCGAGGGAAGUUACGUUUACGAGAUGGCGACUAGUAGUCCCGGACAAUCGAUACAUCUAAAAUCUCCGCGUAGUCCCCGUCAGUUGCCGCAAUUGCCAACGAUUCCAAUCGGUGGCCAGAGAAGCCCCACGCAGCUCUCUGUGACCAAAUCGCCUUGUACGCCGCUGGUCUUUGAGUUUCCGCCAGAGUGCUAUCCAGAGACGCCCAACGCGAACUUUGACUUCGAGAAGUUUGCCUGUGCCAAUCAGCCCGACUGCCCGCUUAGAAGCCCGAGCCACUAUGUCCGUCAAGGAUGCAGAAGUCCCAAGAGCCCGAAUCGGGACCUGUUGCACUCUCCAGGCAGAAAGUCCCCGAUAUUUCAAUUCUGCGAGGCAAGGAAGAGCCUGGGGAAGACUAUGAGCUAUCCACCGAAGAGUCCAAUCUCCGGGCCACCUAUGCCACCGAAGAGAUCACCCAGUUCGUCGAGCUUUGGAUCCAAGAGUCCAAAGCCUUUUGAUCAUCGAAGGAACUCCUGCUUCGGGUUGAGCGGAUCGAAGAGCCCCAUGUCUCCGACGAUCGUCACUCCGUUGUCUCACGGGGUGUCUACCCAGAAGCACUCCGAGAUGAGCCUCGACCACCAGCCGCAGAACAAUGUUAGUUAUAAGAACUGUGGAUCGAUGGGCUCAUCGGCGGAAGGGUUGCUCAAGGAGAAGAGCGACAGUCCGAGCGAUAAGAAGAAUUCCAAGAGGACCAGCCACUUUAAUCGAAGCCAGGGCUGCCUGGACGAGGUUGGGAAGAAUCAGAAGAAAGACGACGAUCUCGGUUACGGGAGAAACGAGAGGAAUGUCGCGAGGAGAUCAACCAGCGAUUUAACGGAGAUCGAGGAUGCGGAUACGGAAGUGACUCUGCUGUCCAGUCCUAGGAGAAGAGGCUCGAUGAAGGGCGGUCUUGCCUACCUGGCGUCCAGACGUGGCUCCCGUGACAGUCAAUGCUCCAAUUUGUCGAACGUCAGCAACGAGGACGUGGGUCCGUUGAAUUUCAGCGCGCAUCCCCGCGGCAGACAGCGGAGAACAUCAAACUUCCUUGAGCUACCAGUGCCAGAUCACAUCAGACCACGCGUACACAGUUUACCAGAAAAAGCAUACAACCCGAGAGCCGGUGACGAUCUCUAUCGACUUCGGGCGUUCAGCAUCACCCAUAAAGGCGUCGUUAAUCGUGGCGAUUCGAUUAUUUCGAGACACAGCAGGAGCAACACUUCCGUCAACAGUAGCAGAAACAGCAAUGUGUCGGGGGAAAGAUCGCCGUUCGAGGGUUCGUGUUGCAGCGGACAAGGGGUUGCCGCGGACAGCACAGAAAGCGACGAGAUCGAGGAAGAGAUCCCAAAGUAUCGAGUUGUUUUGCUCGGUGAUUCCGGUGUCGGGAAAACCGCGCUGGUCUCGCAGUUCAUGACCAGCGAGUACAUGAACACGUACGACGCCAGUUUGGACGACGAGUUUGGAGAGAAGACAGUGUCGAUUCUACUUGACGGAGAGGAGUCGGAAAUGGUGUUCAUCGACCAUCCUCACGUGGAGAUGAGCGUGGAGAACUCUUUGUCGACGUACGAGCCCCACGCCUGCAUCGUCGUCUACUCUAUCGUGUCUCCGACGAGCUUCGAGGUAGCCGGGGAGAUAUUGCAUUACUUGUGGAGGGAGCACUACACCCAAGAACGAACCGUUAUCGUCGUUGGCAAUAAGUCCGACCUCGCGAGAAGUCGCACAAUCUCGUCCAACAAGGGAAAGCUGCUGGCGACGUCGAGGGAAUGCAAGUUCAUCGAAACGUCCAGCGGUAUGCAGCACAACGUGGACGAACUUCUGGUGGGUGUCCUGAAGCAGAUUCGGCUUCGCGAGAUGCGCGACAAGAAGCUGAAACGUCAGGGCAGCAAGGGAAAGAUUCUAUCGAAACUUCAUGGUAGCAAGACAGCUGUCAGUUUGAACCUUGCCAGGGAAAUACUGAACAAGAUUUGUAUGAACGACAGCAAGAGCAAGAGCUGCGAGAAUCUGCAUGUGCUCUAAGGACAUCGUGCAACGGUGAUAAUCGAUUUCCUCUGAGUUGAAUAAAUCUCGAAUCGUUGUAAAUAUUGAUAAAUCGAAGCUGUCGAAUAAUCCUUCUGUCGGGAUUGACCCGUUAAGUACCAGUUUAUUAUUCACAAAGAUCGCACGAUUUUUGUCUGCUGAGUAUCGGUGCUUAAUGGGUGUAUCGAUAGUCCGAGAUUUCUUAACGAGAUCUUCCACCUCUGAUCUUGUCAAAACACUGUUCGGUGUGUGGGUGAAAUGGUCCUCGAAUUCUGGAUCGUGACGUCUAAUUCUAAUCUUUUACCGUGUAACGAAUUCAGGCCUAACACUGUCCCGGAAACUCGAUGGACGCGCAAACAAGGAAACUUUCGCCCUUCCAAUCAUGCUCCGUCCCUCGAAUAUUUGCUUUAUCUUCCGUUUGCCCGUCAGUGGUAAGUAAACAUCGUUCACAAUCGUAGAAAACAGGUGGAAAUGCGAUUGCGAGCGAGGGACCACCUCGAACGCGUGUGUGCUACCAAAUUCGAAGCAAGGAGCAUCCCUUCGUAAUUUUACUUUACUUUUACAAACGACUAUCGAAAAGGCAACUUUCGUAUACUGACUCGUAUCUUCUGAGUUCAUAUAUAAAAUAAGUUAAAUAUAAUUAUUAUCGAAAAGAUGGAACAUAUCUGAUAGAUAAAAAAAAAAAAAAAAAAAGAUGUCGAUAAUUUACUUCACACGCGACGCGCCAAUAUUCGUGUCACAUCGUUGCAUUCCUACAUAUACGAUUUCCGUAUAAACGAAUAAAACAUGAAGUAUAGAGCUGGGCUCAUACGUGUGACAUAUUGUUCGGAAUAUUCAGUUGUCUCGUUUAAUACAUUUUAUUCGUAGGAUACAAAUACCACGUUCGAUGGAAACGUGGGUUAUAUCAAACAGGAUUAAUAUCGACAAAUAUAG